AUGUCACCAAUCGAAAUGCCAGAACUACCGUUGCCAUCGUUCUCUGGCAAAUAUAUCGAAUGGCCGGCGUUUCAUGAUGCAUUUGUCCGACUGAUCCACACCAACACCGACUUAAGUGCUAUUCAAAAAUUUCACUUUUUAAAGAAGGCACUGCCAGCAGCAAACGAUGUAGAUGUUCAGCAAAUGGCCUUAACUGAGACCAACUAUGGAACUGCCUGGGAUUUAAUUGUAAAUCGUUAUAAUAAUCCUCGUCUACUAUUCAUGCACCACAUGAACAAGCUCUUCACACAAUCUGCAGUUACUAAAGAGUGCUCAGACGACAUCAAGUCUUUACUCAAUGUAGCAAAAGUCUGUAUAAAUGAGUUCAGUCGUUUGAAAAUACCUAUUUCACAGGGCAAUCAGUGGAUUGCGUACCUUUUGUCAACAAAGUUGCCAAAGGAUACCCAUCAAGCUUGGGAAUAUCACCUCGGCAGUGACGUUAACAUCUCCACCUUUGAAAUGUUAGAAGCAUUUUUAAAUAAGCGUCUGGUGACAAUCAAUGUGAUUGAAAAUAGAAACAUUUCGCGUGGUAAUAACUCACUGUCAAAGACCAGCAAUGUGGCUGAUAAUACUUCGUCAACUAAACGCCAAAGUCGACCUCCAAAGGCUUUAUACAGACAUAAUAGUAAUAGUUUUCACGCCACUAGUCAACCGAAAAACGUCAAUUCAUGCUUUCUGUGUGGCGAAGCACACAUUCUGCGGCACUGUACCAAAUUCCUCGCCAAAGACUGCUUUGAGAGAAAGUCUAUCGCGGACAAACCCCCACAGCAAAAUGAAUCCACUCGAUCACACGAGGGUGGCAAAUCUCAAAUAGCUUUAAACCCAUCAGCUCAAACCUUUCAAGUUGAAAGCACUCAGAGUCAGACCACGACUCAUCAAAACCCCACGUCAUCCAGGUUAACGCACACUGCUCAGCUUCUUACAGAACCGUCGCAGAAGCAGACUCGUAAGGUGCUUUUAGCCACCGCUCUCGUCACGAUCAAGAACGACGGCACGGGUCAGUCCAUCGUAGUACGUGCGCUAUUAGAUCAAGGCUCUGAAUGCACACUUAUUUCAGAGCAUGCCGUUCAAACACUCUGUUUGACACGCAACCGUGCUUCGGCAGAUAUAUCUGGGGUGGGCAGCAACGUCGCGCAUCGUUGUAAGCACACUGUGAAUUUCACAAUGCACUCAUAUGUGAACCCUAACUACCAUGUCGCGGUCGAUACCGCCUUUGUUUUAAAGGCGCUCACCAAUAAAUUGCCAAGUCAAACAAUUGAGCCAAACCAAUGGGCUCAUAUUCGAGGACUGCAGUUAGCAGAUCCUAAGUACUACCAGCCACGUCGUAUAGACUUACUUCUGGGUGCCGACAUGUUCGCUAACCUUUUAUUGCCAGAAACACGUAUUGGAGGACUUUAUGAACCAAUAGCCCAGCGCACCCAUCUGGGAUGGAUAUUGUCUGGCAAUACUACUUCCACCCCCAAAGUUGAUGCUGCUAGUCUUCAUUGCAACCAUGUCACUCUCGAGCUGGAAUCACUUGUACAACGUUUUUUCGAAAUCGAUCAAGUACCGACCGAGAGAUCUCUCUCGCAAGAAGAAAACUGGUGUGAAACACAUUUUCAACAAACGCAUAUGCGCCAACCAAAUGGGAAAUAUUUAGUGAGACUUCCAUUGAAAAAUUUGUUUGAUGAAUCUCAAACCCUCGGUAAAUCCAAAAAAAUUGCACUCAACCGCUUUCAUUCACUGGAGCGAAAACUACAACGCAACGAUGAAUUGCGAGCCCGGUAUGAAGGGUGUAUUCGGGAAUAUUUCACCCUGAAUCAAAUAACUCCUGCUACGACAACUGAGGAGCAGCAUUCCGUCAAACUUGCCUCAAGUGCUCCAACAGUCGCAUCAUGUGUAUUACCUCACCACGCUGUGAUCAAAGAGCAAAGUCUAACCACAAAGCUAAGAAUCGUGUUUGACGCCUCGUGCAAGACUAGCAAUGGCAAAUCGUUAAAUGACGUACUGUGUGUGGGACCCGCACUUCAAAAUGAUCUGCCAGCAGUAGUUUUAAAUUGGAGAAAACACAAAUUUGCGUUUACAUCUGAUAUCCAAAAAAUUUAUCGGUGCAUAGACAUGCACACAGAUGACUCGCAAUAUCAACGCAUUUUGUGGCGAAACGAAGCAAAUGAAAUUCAGGAGUAUUGUCUCACACCAGUCACAUUUGGGACUGCUUCCGCUCCAUAUACCGCGAUACGAAUCCUCCGCCAACUGGCUGAAGACGAAAGUACAUCGUAUCCGUUAGCAGCACCUGUCCUUCGGAAUGAAAUGUAUGUUGACGACGUACUAUCUGGCGGUCACUCCGUUGAGAUCGCCACCGAAAUUCGCAAACAAGUAACCUUAGCAUUGCGCUCCGCUGGCAUGGAACUUCGAAAAUGGAGCAGCAACUCAUCGGCGGUGCUGGACGGUAUUCCCACCGAAAACAGGUCAGACAGUAAUGCCUUACAGUUAAAUAGCAGCGAUACCGUUAAAACCCUUGGCAUUCUGUGGCAACCGAACAAGGACGUUUUUAAAUUCCGGCUCAACUUCGAAAUUGAUUUUACUGCCACCAAACGGUCAGUGCUCUCAACUAUAGCUCGUCUGUACGACCCACUGGGAUUAAUUGCACCGGUUAUUGUAGCAGCCAAAAUCAUCCUGAAAUCGGUAUGGUCCUUUAAGGUACAACGCGAUGAGCACACGUUCACACCAUUGGCAUGGGAUGAAACGCUACCAACAAAUCUAAAUCACCAAUGGCAACGUUUUCUAAAUACUGUAUCGGAGCUGCCCUGCAUCACAGUGCCGAGAUGGUUGAACUAUGAGCCAAAUCAUGUUAAAUCAUUACAACUCCAUGUAUAUGUUGAUCAAAAGUAUAAUGCAAAGAGAAAGUUAUCUUUUAAUAAGGCCUCGAAACGACGCACAGGUGGAGGACCUUAUCAGGAGAAGGUGCUAACACCAGCAGAGAAGUUGCUUAUUGAAACAGCUGGGUUAGAAGCUUGUGUGGAGGGGAUCAAUUCUGUCCCAACCUUUGGAGAUGUAAGAACCAUUGUGUACAAAUACAAGUGA